CGUGUCCCUAACUCGCAGGUGAAACGUCAAAUCAGAACGACGGAAAAUCAGAAUUAAUCACGAAAAAUAAGACAAUUCACAAGUUUAUUUCGGUUAAACAAAAUUUAAAGUUUCUGCGGCGAAUGCUCAUGCCGAUAAUGACGUUUUGUGUUUUUAGUAACAUAAAUCGAUAAACUAACCAUAGAAAGGUAAAACCCCAUAAAAUCAUGGAAACAACAGUCACCAUGAAAAGAGAAUCAUAAGAAUCAUACGACAAAUGAACAACAAGCUUAGCUCUGCUUCUUUAUCUCGGAAGAGUUGUACUACUUGUUGUCAUUAGUAAAUGUUGCUGGUGCUGCAGUUUAAGUUUUUCUUUAGUAAUCUGUCAACAUUGUAGGAAAGCGGCAAACAACAUUGGCGGCAGUAUUGUUUAAGAAUGUCAGAAUCAACGAGUAGACCCACUAAUAAUGCAUCCGACAUUGCAACGGAAACGUCAAGUUCGACAACGGCAGAGAAUGCUGAGGCCCAAUCAGAAACAUCAGAAAUUGUCACAUCGACAACAACUAGUGAACCCGCAACAACAAGCGGAGAAUCCACAACAACAACAAGUGGGGGAUCCACAACAACACCACAACAAACCCCAACAACAACAACACAACUGGAGUCACCAACAACAUCACAGCAACAACCUCAACAACAAAAUACUGAACUGCAGCAACAACAUAAUGCUGGACAACAGCAACCAUCAACACCUCCCCAGCAGCAGCAACAACAACAACAGGCUCCACAACAGCAAGCAGCUGGCGCCGGCGCUGCUGCUGUAGAAAUUGAUGUCAAUCAAAUAGCAAAUGUUAUUAGCGUUAGUUAUUUAGCCGCCAAUGGUUUGAAUAAUCAACGUAAUCGUGGUGCCGCCGGCGGUGUAAUUGGAAUCGGAGCACCGGGACAAAACAACAUCAUGAAUAUGCGAAAUCGUCUGUUCCAUGCAAUUUAUUUUAAAGUGGCAUUGAUAUAUGCGCAAAUGUUUCCCAAACCUUUUCAACGAGCUUUGGAGUACUUCUUCCUCGCUAAAGCACUGCUCUUCUUCUCGGCUUUGGUUUACAUUCAUAUGUCGUUUAUAAAAAAUCCAGCUACUUGUUUGGAGCACGUUCAAGACUGGCCAAGGGAUGGAGUUCUAAGGGUGGAGGUCAUACCCAAUUUGGACAAACGCAUGGAAUUGUAUGAAGAAAGUCAGGUCUAUGAAAGGAAUAUGCGAAAGCUUUACUCUGAUUAUUUUUAUGGAAUAGGACCGAAGACUAAGAACCAAUUGUAUCAUCACAAAUAUGCAACAAAUGAAACAUUUACCUAUUACCUGCAACACGAAGAAGUCUACGAAAGUUACUUAAAAGACAAACAACAACAGGCAACGGAAUAUCAUGAGAAUCCCGACAUGGAAUAUGCAGAUGAACAAUACAUUGUGGAAUAUUCACUGGAAUAUGGUAAUUUACGUUUAUCGCCAGCCACCCGAAAACGCUUACAAAUACCCGUUCGCGUUGUACGUUUGGAUCCCAUGACCAAUAAAUGUUUUGGUGAUAGAUUUAGCAAAUUUUUACUUAAAGAACUUUUAGGCUAUGAUGAUUUACUUAUGACUUCGGUACGUGUCAUUGCCGAAAAGGAAGAAAAUAAAGGCUAUUUACGUAAUGUCAUUACUGGUGAACAUUAUCGUUUUGUUUCCACUUGGUGGACGGCAUGGAGUUCAUAUCCUACGGCAUUUUUUGUUAUGAUAUUGUUUACCUUUUCAAUAUCAAUGCUAUUGCGAUUUUCGCAUCAUCAAAUAUUUGUUUUCAUUGUGGACCUCUUACAAAUGUUGGAAUUCAAUGUAACUGCUCGUUUUCCCAUAGCUCCCCUGUUGAUUGUCAUAUUAGCUUUAGUUGGCAUGGAGGCUAUAAUGUCGGAGUUCUUCAAUGAUACAACAACAGCGUUCUAUAUAAUAUUAAUUGUUUGGGUUGCCGAUCAAUAUGAUGCCAUAUGCUGUCACACCAGUAUUACAAAAAGACAUUGGUUAAGAUUCUUCUAUUUAUAUCAUUUUGCCUUCUACGCGUACCACUAUCGUUUUAGUGGACAAAAUCGCAGUUUGGCACUGGUCUCAUCCUGGCUGUUCAUACAGCAUUCCAUGCUGUAUUUCUUCCAUCAUUACGAGCUGCCGGUAAUUAUGCAACAGGCCCAAGUACUCAUAUUAACACGUAAUCAAAAUGAUGGUGGCGGCGGCGGUGGUGGAGCUCGUGUUGUUGGUGGAAAUAUUGUUGCCGGCAUUAUGCAACAGCAACCGCAACAACAGCAGGGACAACAGCCAAACAAUCGCCAGGCUGGCGGUGGAGUGGGUGGCCAACAGCAGCAGCAACAACAACAACCACAUCAGCAACAACAACAACAGCCGGGUACCUUUGUGGCGAAUCGCAUUUUCCGUUUGGUCCCACUACCCCAACAAAUGCAACAGCAACAACAACAACACCAACUCAAUGGUCAAAUGCAACCACAACAACUGCCAUUUGUUGGCGGUUUGUUACAACACUAUGCCGGACAGAAUGUUGGCGGUGCCCUUGGCAUGAUACGGCGGGCCCUGUCGGCCCGUGGCUGGCGCCAGCCACCCAUACGGGUGCGCAUCCAAACAACAGGUAAUUUGCAACGCAUCAAUUUGGGUUCCAUACAAAUAAAUCCGGAGAAUUUGGCGGCACGUGUCCCAGCAACAACAUCAACGCCCAACACAACUGUGGUAACAACAUCAUCGUCAUCAUCGACGUUGUCCUCGUCACAGACAACAGCCAAUGAUGCCUCAUCCACAUCAUCACAACAAACCACAACCGCAGAUCCAGCUGAAAGUGGUACAUCGAGCAACAAUAGCUGCAGUUCAAAUCUGAAUGACAACUCAACAAAUAGAAUUGUUGUAACUGGUUCGGGCUCGGGCGGUAGUGUGUCCUCAGUCCAGCCAGUGAGUUGUGAGAGUUUAUCAUCAACAGCGUCAUCAACCUCAUCGUCGACGGCGUCAUUAACAACCGCCAAUCCAGCGACAGCAUUAAAAAAUAUCCCCAAUAUUAUUGAGGGCAGCGGUUCAGUGCAACAAAAUGGUGGUAGCAGUGGUAACAGUGAUGAUGUGGUUCAGGUUGAGGAUUGCGCCAAAAGCGAAACAACAUCAGCAACACUCUAGACGUUGGCGGAGUAGCAAAGAUGAAAUAUGAUGGGCGAUUCAAAUAAUGCAAGACCACCGUCAAAAGAGGCGCCAACAGGAAUACAACCAGCAAGCAUCACAACACAUACAAACAAACUAUGUUUUAUACAGAAAUA